UGUUGCUGUUGGCCAGCAGAGUUCAGCACAGGCCGCCGGGGACAUGCCCAUGCGCAGUAGCCCUCCGAAUGCAGGUCCUGCCGCCGCGGCAUCUCAGAAGCAGCAGCAGGAAGAAUGGCAGACACAGUGCAGUCAGAAGAAGCGCACGCAGGCCGGGCAAGGCUGGGGCGGACAUAAGCAGCGCACGCAAUGCCGCGCUCCUACACAACAACAGCAGCAGCAACAACAAAAGAGUGGACAACAGCAGGUUGGACAAGAGCGAGGACAGGGCGACAGUCAACCACAAGGCCAAGGAGGCGCCCAGACCUAUAGUCCGCCCCAAACGCAAGACCAGCGCCCCCAAGCUCAGCCCCCAAGAGCCCAGGGACACGGACUGCCGCUGUCGCCUCUCCCAGGAGUGCCCAUAAAAUGUGGAACCCUGGGGCGACCUGGCCAGGCUGCUGUCAAUUAUUUGGAUGUGAACUUGGAUAAAAUGCCGGCGGUUGCCUAUCACUACGAUGUGAGGAUCUCACCCAAGCGCCCCAAGAAGUUCUAUCGUCACGCCUUUGAGCUGUUCAGAGUGGAACAUUUGGGCGGUGCGAUUGCCGCCUACGAUGGCCGCUUCUCCUGCUACACGGCGGACAAAAUAGUUUGCAAGUCGCAAGACGCCAAAGUGCGGGUGAUCGAUCGACUCGGUCGUGUCCUGAACUACACUCUGCAACUAAAGGAGACAGAGGAGCUGGAAGUAGACAUGAGCUCUCUGCAGAGCUAUAUCAAGGACAAGAUUUACGCCCAUAAGACCAUGCGCGCCAUGCAGGUGCUGGAGGUUGUUUUGGCCUCGCCCUGUCAUAGCACUGCUAUACGCGCGGGUCGCUCCUUCUUCAAGCGCUCUGAGCCGGGCAAAGAGCAUAAUAUUGGCGAGGGCUACGAGGCUCUGAUCGGCCUCUAUCAGUCGGUCGUCCUUGGGGAUCGGCCGUUUGUCAAUGUGGACAUUUGCCACAAGUCAUUUGCGCUGCCCACAUCCGUCAUGGAGUACAUUGAGCGGUAUCAUGGCGAGGAAAUUGACAAGAAAACAAAUCUUGAGCUCAAGCGCCAAGAUAUCGAUGCCUUUCUGCGGGGCAUCAAGGUCAUUUACAAGCCCCCAGUGAGCUUUGAGAAACCCACGAGUGUCUUUAAAGUCGUCGGCCUGAGCGAAUUUCCGGCCAGCAAGCAAACCUUCGAUCUGGAGGGGAAAAGGACGACCGUGGAGGCGUAUUUCGCAUCUUGCAGUUACACUUUGCAGUUUCCGAAUCUGCUCUGCCUGCGUGUGGGCUCGGCCUUGAAGGAAAUUUACUUGCCCAUGGAACUGUGUGCCAUCGAAGAUGCCCAGCUCCUGAAUCGCAAAGAUCCGGUAGCUCAGGUGGCGGCCAUGAUUAAAUAUGCGGCCACAUCCACCAAUCAGCGGAGAGCCAAGAUUAUGCACAUGCUUUCAUUUUUCAAGCACAAUUUGGACCCCACCAUCGCACGCUUCGGCAUUCGCCUGGAGAGCGAUUUCAUCACGGUGGACACACGGCUGCUCGAAGCGCCGAUGGUGGAGUACAAGGGCAACUGUUUGCUGUCCGUGAAGAACGGUGCGUGGUGCAUGGAGCGUGCGAAAUUCUACGCUACCAAGCCGAACGAUCACAAAUGGGCCAUCAUUUAUGGUGGCCAGAUGAUGUACAAUCAGGUGGAAGAUUUCAAAGAACACGUCCUGCAGCAGAGUGCCUGGCUCAGUGUGUGCCUGGAGAGGAAGGCUGACAUACGGUCGUACAAGGGUGAGCGUGAUCUGGAUAAUCUAUUUCUGGAAUUCAAACGGAACCAGUGUGAUUUGGUUUUCGUUAUCAUACCGAAUUUCGGCACCACCUACGAUAUGGUGAAGCAAAAGGCUGAGCUGCAGCACGGCAUCCUGACGCAGUGCAUCAAGCAGUUCACAGUGCAGCGUAAAUUGAGCCCCCAGUGUGUGUUGAACCUUCUGCUCAAGGUGAACUCCAAGCUGAACGGAAUCAAUCACAAGCUGCAGGAUAACCCGCGCACUCAGCUGGAGAAUGUCAUGUUUCUGGGUGCCGACGUCACGCAUCCAUCGCCCGAUCAGCGCGAGAUACCCAGCGUUGUGGGUGUGGCAGCCUCCCAUGAUCCGUACGGCGCGUCGUAUAACAUGCAAUAUCGCCUACAACGCUCUGACCUGGAGGAGAUCGAGGACAUGGAGUCGAUAACUAGUGAGCAUUUGCGUGUGUUUCAUCAGCACCGCAAACGCUAUCCCGAUCACAUUGUCUACUAUCGCGAUGGGGUCAGCGAUGGUCAGUUUCCCAAGAUCAAGAACGAAGAGUUGAAGGGAAUCACGGCGGCCUGCUGCAAGAUGCACAUUAAUCCCAAGAUCUGCUGCAUUGUUGCUGUUAAGCGGCAUCACACGCGCUUCUUCCCCUCUGGCACUCCGUCCACGUACGAUAAGUUCAACAAUGUGGAACCGGGCACCGUCGUGGAUACGAUCAUUGUCCAUCCGAAUGAGAUGCAGUUCUUUCUGGUCAGCCAUCAGGCCAUUCAGGGCACGGCCAGGCCGACGCGUUACAAUGUGAUUGAGAAUACGGGCAACCUGGAUAUUGAUCUCAUACAGCAAUUGACAUACAAUCUAUGCCACUUGUUUCCGCGCUGCAACCGCGCCGUCUCGUAUCCGGCUCCGGCAUAUCUCGCCCAUUUAGUUGCCGCCCGUGGCCGAGUCUAUCUGACUGGCAUCAAAAAGUUCCUUUCUCCCAGGGAGUUGUAUGAAAAGCGUUUAAUUGUGCCACAGUUGAUGGAGAAAAAUCCAAUGUAUUUCGUUUGAACUUCGGGUUGUGCGCAGCAGAUGAAAAACACUUUGUAUUCGCACUAAAAAAUGUUUUAUUUUAAUGUUUUUAUAAUUAAGUUUAUGCUUAAAACAAUAGAUGAUAAAUGUACCUACAUUUCAUAUUCAUAUGGCAAAAAAUACAUACAACAAAUAAGAAUAAGAAAACGGAAUAGGUAGAGAAGGAAUUGUAACUCAGUCAAACUGAUGCUUAACUUAUUUCCAUAUGUGCAUGGCAUAAUUGUUGCUUAAUUCUACUUAAUUAAAAAUAUAAACCAAAGCGAAUUCAACUCUCAAAAGUAAUAUUUAAAUAAUCGUAAUUUUGUGUAUUGUACAUAAAUC